AUGUUUUUGCGGGUCUUCUUGCGCUGGGCGACAGGAUCAAGCGCAGGUUGCAAUGCGAAGUUUUCCAGCAAGUGCGUCAAACCGGAGUUGGACGGGCUGAACAAUGUGCUGGUGGAGUUCCAGCAGAUGGAGAGGCAGCUGUCGACAUUUUGUGAUCCGCAAUACCGAGAGGCUGCUUUGAAGGCCAUCCAGCUUGCCAGUAGGCAGAUCUCAAGCUCCGACAUCUUGGGCGAGAUUGCUGGCGUCUGGGAAGAGUGGAAGGAGCACGAAAGGAACCAGAGAGAACUGGAGAUGGAACAGGGCAAGAAGGAAGGAGUUCUGAAAAUCAAGGAGGCUGAGAAGGACUUCUUGAAAAUCAGGUUGGAUGCAGCUGCAGAAGAAACAAAGCGAGCUGAGCAAAUCUUGAGAGAGAAGAGGGUUGAGUCUCAAGAUUUGAAGCGCAACAAGGACAACUCUGCGAAGGAUUUCAUCCUUCGCUGGAAGGCAGCCAAGGAAGAAGCCAAGCGAAAGUUGCAGGAGUUGCAGGAGAAAUUGGAGGAAGCUGAGCGUGAGAGCCGAGGCCCAGUGGACGCAUGUGAGGAGAAGAUCGCCUCGUUGCAGAGGCAGUCCUUGAAUUUGGACCACGUCAACAUCAACCACAUCAUCUUUGUGGUUGACAACAGUGGUAGCAUGUCAGGGUCAAGUUUUAGAUCGGCAACGAAGGCAGUCGAAGACUUCCGUGCUGCUUGUGUGCAUGCUGGCUCGAUGGACAAGGUGAGCCUCGUCUCCUUCAACCACGUGGCAAAGUGUCUUGUUAAGGUUUGCCAAAUCUUUGUGGUGUUCCUGUCAGAUGGCUAUACCUGGGAUCUGGGCCAGGCGGCAACAAAGGCCCAAGCCAUUUUCAGUGCUGCUGAAAAGAGCAAAAGGGCCAUGACCACAUGCUUCGUGCACAUUAGCGAAGGAGGUUCCAACGAAAAGAUUCGAUCUGAUCUGGAGCCGUUGGUCAAAGCCGCCAAUGGAGGGCUGACUGUGGUCAAGUACGUUGAAGAAAAGAUCCCAUUGUUGCAGAUCGUGAAGUCGGAAGAACUUGUCCAAGCCUUCAUGAAAUUGACCAGCCUGGUGAACAUGCAGAAGUGCCUGCUGGAUGUGCGCCUGUCCAUCCUGCAACGCCAGGAGCAAGAGUACAGAACCAGACAGGCUGAAGCUUCGAAAGCUUUGCAGGCACGAUUGAGAGAUGAGGCGAAGAGGCUUGAAGAGGUUGCAAAAGAAGCAGAGAAAACGAGCAAGGCAGGCAAUGAUCAUGUGGAAGGCUUGUUCAAGAGCCUGCAAAACCAGAUGGACCAGGAAAUCAAAGAGCUCGGCAAAGAUGUUGACAAGGCUCGGAGGAUAGAACAAGAUCUGAAGGAGCACCUUGUGAAAUGCGAAGCAGAGUACAAAGGUUUGCAGUCUGAGUUUGAAAAGUCAAAGCCAGCAUAUGAGCAGAUGUCAUCUACUUUGCAGAAGAUGACGGCAACCCAUCUGUCGCAGACCAACAGAGUUCACGAGAAGCAGAAACAGCUGGUAGAUCGAUUUGGUUCAACCAACUCAAGACUUUUGACUCAGCAGCUUGAGAGUUUGCAGAGGAUGAAAGAUCAGCUGUCGCGAAACAGUGUCAUUGAGGAGGACCGCUCUGCUGCAACUUUGAAAAUUGCAGUUUUGUUGGCGUGUUUCCUCCUUCGCGGUCGUGAUUGCAAAAAUGAUUUGCACUGCAUUGUCAACAGCGUUGUGCGCUUCACCAACAUCCUGAAGGCUCAGAUUGAAAACCCUGCGCCUCUUUCUGAUCAAGUAUCAAACGCAAAGGUGGCUUUGAAGAUGAUCUCGCACCAGCGUGGCUUGGAGUACAAGAACAAUCCACAGGAGGACAUGGCGAAGCUCUUGGAAUACGAAGCCAACUUGCAGUGCAAAGAUCCUGAGGAGGCUGCUAACAUCACCAAGACCUUGGUGGAUGCCGGGAUUUCAGCAGAGGAGAUUUGUGCAGCGAUCAAUGCAGAGGAUGCUGACCGAGUCAAGGAAACCAAGGAAGAGUUGAUUGCCAGCUUGCAGCAGAGGAUCCUAGAGCAACAGGACUGCGGUUCAGAAGGUUUGGAGCGGAAAAUCAAGAGCAAAAAGAAGGAACUUGAGGUGAAGAAGGAAGAGUUACUUGGUCUUCUGCGGGAGGUGAAAGCGUCGAAGAGGAAGGGAAAAACUACUCGAAGCAAUGUCAGCACCAGUACCAGCGAGGAGGAGAACCAGGAGUGGGAACUCAUUGAGGACUUGGAAGAGAAGGUGGAAAGUCUGAAGGAAGAGAAAGAAACCCUGGAAGAAUCUUUGAAGACGCUGGAAAAGGACCUAAAGGAUAUCAAGAAGGACCAGAAAGCGAUCUGCAAAGAUUUGAAGCCCUGUCGCCUUGUCUUGGAGUUCACCGUAGAUUCAUGUCGCACUGCAUUCCUGGAGUAUCUUGCUGAGAAGGAGAAGGAUGCUCUGAAAGGCAUCUUCGAGUCUUUCCAGAACAACGUCAGGGCUCCCAUCACUGCUUUUGCCGCCAUGACGGAACAAGCUCGGCAAGUCUUCGAGCACGACGCCUCCAUUCCCUUACCUCAGAGCAAAACUUUAUGCGACACGGACAGGUGAAGGCAUGAUUGAAGGGAUGCCCGAUUAUAGUAGGAUUACGAAUGCCCC